AGAAGCAUCCUGAAUUCUUCGAAUAUUCGAUUAUUUUUGUCAUAAAAUAUGGGCAUGCGCAAUGAGGGAUAAUGUCUCUUACGAAAGAAUUCACUGAUCUUAAGUUACGAUUUGAGGUGUCUGCUCGUUUGAAACCGGAUGAAGUGACCUAUGAACUGACAGUGUCAAUGAAAAAUAAUUUUGUUUUGUUUACCACGUGUGCAAAGUUUGAGAUGCCGUGAUCUUUUGACAUCGCUGAAGGGUUUAUGUAACAUACUUAAAACCAGCUUCCGCUAAAUUCUUUGUAGAAGUUCUUGGCUUAAAAAGUUUCUUCUUUGCAAGAAAUAAGCUUAGCAUUUUUGUGCUUUUACAAGUUCAGUUUUGCAGAUUUUUAAAAAAAUUAAGUUGUAAUUUAAGGGCAUUUUCACCUACAGAAAGUUUUGCCUAAAAUUGUUAUAAUGGCUGAGAAAAUCGAAAGUUUAGAAUCAAUUUUAGAAAAGCAUAUUCCAGAAGAGGACUUGCAUUUUGUGAAAAAAGUUUUAUAUGGAAAAGAAUUAAGAAAACUGGAAUUGAGUGAGUUAGCACAUUCCACAGCUCUUGAGACUAACCUGGAUUUGAAGGGAUUUGCUUUUGAUGCAGAACCAGAAGACCUUAGACCUCCAAGAAUUGUUCGGGUUGGCUUGGUGCAGAAUGCCAUUGUUGCUCCGACUGAUGCUCCAAUUUCAAAGCAAAGGGAAGAACUUCAUAAAAGAAUUAGAGAGAUUGUAUCUAUUGCUGCUGAGUGCAAGGUUAAUAUCAUCUGCUUUCAAGAAGCAUGGACUAUGCCAUUUGCAUUCUGCACAAGAGAAAAACACCCAUGGUGUGAAUUUGCUGAGAAUGCUGAAACAGGUCCUACAACAUUACUUUGCAGUGAGCUUGCUGCCAAAUAUAACAUGGCCAUUAUUUCCCCUAUAUUGGAAAGGGAUGAGACUCAUGGAGAUGUACUGUGGAACACUGCUGUUGUAAUAUCUGAUACUGGUUUAGUAAUGGGAAAAACACGCAAGAAUCACAUUCCUCGUGUUGGAGACUUUAAUGAGUCUACUUACUAUAUGGAAAGUGAUCUGGGCCAUCCUGUUUUUCAAACACGCUGGGGUAAAAUUGCUGUGAAUAUUUGCUAUGGAAGACAUCAUCCUCAAAACUGGAUGGCAUAUGGACUAAAUGGUGCUGAAAUAGUUUUUAACCCUUCAGCUACUGUUGGAGAUUUGAGUGAACCAAUGUGGCCAAUAGAAGCAAGAUCUGCAGCUAUAGCUAACAACUAUUUUACUUGUGCCAUAAAUAGAGUUGGAACAGAAAUUUUUCCUAAUGAAUUUACUUCUGCUGAUAAAAAGCCUGCACACAAAGAUUUCGGACAUUUUUAUGGCUCAAGUUAUGUAGCAGCUCCAGAUGGCAGCAGAACACCAGGCUUAUCACGAUUGAAGGAUGGUCUGAUGGUAGCUGAAAUGGAUUUAAAUUUAUGUAGACAAAUGAAGGACAAAUGGGGAUUUAGAAUGACUCAGAGACUGAGUUUGUAUGCUGAUACUUUUUACUGGGCUGCUCAACCAGAUUUUGCACCACCAAUAUAUUAUGAGUAUUCUCAAAAUACUGCCAAACCUGCAUCUCAAUAAAUCUGAUCACAUGAGCUGAUGUUUUAAAGCAUUUGAUUAAUGUAAUUAAUCUUGCAAAAUUUUAUUGCUUAAAGCAAAUAUUUACAUUGAAUAUGUAUUGGAUUUUAUCAAGAUAAUGUUGAUAGUAGAAAAUCUUUUUUAUUAAUUCUUUUUGUAUAUUAAUAUUUCUAAAAUAUUCUAUUUUCAGCGUAAUGUUGGAUUCUACAAAAGUUUAAAAGUUGAAUUAUAUAUUUUAUACUCAAAUUUUUAUGAUGGGUAUUAUCCAUGUAUUAAUAAUCAUGCAUGAGCUCACUGAAAAAUUUAUCAUUUAUAUGAAUAUCAAUUUUAAUCUGCAUGUUUUAUUGAUAUAAAUUUAUCAUGAAUGAAAUUCAUUAUGUUACAUAUGUCAAAAUAAUUAUUUAUAAUCGUAAGCCAUAAUUGUUAUGAUGUAAGUUGUUAAAAUACUGAACUAUUCUUAGUUUUUAACUGAGAAAUUUGAUAUGGGCCAAAUAAGUUUUCAAUGACAGUUGUAUCUCUUCUGUUGUAAAAUGGAGACUUUGUAACUGCAUAAAUAAAUGCAAAUUCUGUGGAA